AUGACUGGAACAGGUGCCCCUAGCGGAGGAUCCAGCGCAGGUUACGGCGGACAAGCACCGCAUCGAUCUUAUGAAGAGCGAGCCGCGGCAAGGGAACAAAUGAUGAACAACAUUCGGGAAACUUCACAGCAAGACCGCCGUGUCUAUGUCGGCAAUCUUUCCUAUGAUGUGAAAUGGCAUCAUCUAAAAGAUUUUAUGAGACAGGCCGGAGAGGUGCUCUUCGCUGAUGUGCUCCUUCUCCCUAAUGGAAUGUCGAAGGCUCAGCAAGCCGUUGCUCAACUUAGCAACCAGAACUUGAUGGGACGCCUAGUUUACGUUCGAGAGGAUCGUGAAGCUGAGCCACGAUUUAUUGGUGCCACCGGAGGCAACCGCGGUGGGUUUAGUGGGGGGAUGUCAGGCGGCUUCAACAACCAAGGCGGUUAUGGUGGUCCUCCUGGCGCAGGUGGCCGACAGAUCUACGUAGCUAAUCUUCCAUUCAACAUCGGGUGGCAGGAUCUGAAAGAUCUUUUCCGACAAGCAGCUCGUGUGGGUGGUGUAAUUCGCGCCGAUGUCCACAUCGGCCCUGAUGGCCGUCCCAAAGGUUCUGGUAUUGUUGUGUUUGAGAAUCCCGACGAUGCUCGGAAUGCUAUUCAGCAAUUCAACGGGUAUGACUGGCAAGGACGAAUGCUCGAAGUCCGUGAAGACCGAUACGCCGGUUCUAGCGGUAUGGGCUUUUCGGGACGUGGCGGUUACGGGGGCGGUAUGAGAGGCGGGUUCGGCGGCGGAUUCGGGCGUGGAGGUUAUGGCGGCGGUCGUGGAGGUUUCGGAUUUGGCGGUCGUGGAGGCUUCUCUGGUGGUGGUGCGAACUUCGAUGCCUCAACCGCCACUGCUGUCGCCCCGAAUCCAUUCACAGAUGGUGCUACUGCUGGAACUGAGAAGAGCGAGACAAUCUACGUCCGAAAUCUUCCAUGGUCCACGAGCAACGACGAUUUGGUUGACUUGUUCACCACAAUUGGUAAGGUGGAACAGGCUGAAAUACAAUAUGAACCUAGUGGCCGGUCUAGAGGUACAGGUGUCGUCCGUUUCGAUACUGCAGAUACUGCAGAAACUGCGAUUGCCAAGUUCCAAGGUUACCAAUACGGCGGUCGUCCUCUCAAUCUGAGCUUUGUCAAGUACCUUAAUCAGCCUAGUGGCGAGAGCAUGGAGACAGACACGCAUGGUGGCUUGACACAAGACCAGAUCAUGUAG